AUGGACCAGGUAACAGGUGUUUCCGAACACAGUUUUCAACAUAAUGACCAAGUAAAAACUUCAGAAAAUGAGGGGUAUUUUCUCAACGAAACUGAAACAAACGAGGUCAAGACCGUUUCGCUAAAAUAUGUCCCAUUAUGGAACAGUCUUACAGACGAUAAACUUGAACUUAAGAUUAUUUCUUGUGCACUGACAAAUCGCGUCUACCUGGUGACAUUAGUCAAGGAAGAUAAAGAUAAGUAUCCAUAUAAAAAACUGAUCGUAAAGAAGAGGACUGAUUUCAAUUCGUUAGUAGUUGAUAAUGAUGUACAGUUCAACAUUGCUAAAUUACUAGGAGAUAAUAACUUUGGUCCUAAGAUAAUAGGCAGAUUCGGUGAUUUCACUAUUCAAAAUUGGGUUGAGGGAAAUACAAUGGAAAUAGAAUGUUUUCAAAACCUCUCAGUUCUAACUGGCAUAGCUUCAUCACUUGCCAAGUUUCAUAAAAGAGUCACAGAACUUGUUCCGAAGGAUUGGGAUAGAACCCCUAUGUUCUUGACCAAAUUAUCUGUAUGGUCUCAACAUAUUGAGAGAAUAAUUAAAAAGUAUAAUUUGGAUUUUGAUUACAAUGAGUUAGUCCAAAAUUAUGAAUUAUUUAAGAAGAUCUUUAAUAAUCAUCUAAAUUCAUCACAAUCAACCACCAAUUCGGUACUAUUUUGUCAUAACGAUUUGUUUUCCCUAAACAUUCUUGACUUUAACCAAGGAAUAUACUUCAUCGACUUUGAUUUUGCGGGAUUUAAUUAUGUAGGAUGGGAAAUUGCUAGCUUCUUUGUAGAGGUAACGAUACUAUACGAUCCACCAACUCCACCAUAUUUCAUUUCAUCAAAGGAAUACCAUUUAUCUGAGGAAAAGAAGUCUCUAUUCGUUUCAGUAUAUCUUUCUCAGCUAUUAGGGAGGAAUGUUUUAGCAUCAGACGAUGUCGUAAGGGAGUUUCUACAAAGUGUAGAAAUACACACGUCUGACAAACCGAAGAAUGAACUAUCAAAACCGGUUAAAUUGGAUGCCUAUGGAAUGUUCCAGUAUAAUUUAUUUAAGAGCAAUCUGAGGAAAUUAACUGAUGAAAAAAUUGUAAACUUCUGA